AAGUGAGGCUUUUUUAAAGAGGACAUCCUUUUCUGUUUUCUUUUCUUUUUUUUUUUUUUUUUCACAGGGAGCGAGGGUCGCUGUCGCUGGGAGGAAAAUGUGCUUCAGGUUGAGGGAUCAGACCUAUGAUCUGGCAGAAGAUUAUGUUCUUCACCGUAUUGGAAUCCAACGGUUGCCUCCCAGCGAUAAAGCUGAAAUGAUGCGCAGACUGGCCAAAGACAUGGAGAAGCAGUACCAGCCUCGGUUUAACUCCAUUCUGCAGAGCUUUGUUACCCAGUGUAGAUCUGAUCCGUGUUCUACACUCCUGAAGGUCAGCGAGGAGCUAGUAGGAGAUGGAAAGUUAAACUGGGGACGGAUUGUCAGUCUAUUCACGUUCACAGGAUUACUGGCAAAUGAACUUUAUUCACAAGGUUUAAGUUUGGACUGCUGUAAAAGCCUGGCAAAAACAGUUGCUGAUUAUCUAGGUGGUGAAAAACAAGAAUGGCUGGCACAAAAUGAAGGCUGGGAUGGGUUCUGCAAGUUUUUCCAGACUCCGAAAGAGGAGUCCUCAAUGAAGACUGCACUUUUUGCUGCAGCUGGGGUUGGGAUAGCAGGGAUAGCAAUUCUCCUGGUCCGAUAGGCCAGUUCUGCCAUUAUGAUAUUACUUACAUACAUACAAAAAAAUUGCAAUAAAUGUUUUUCCUUUUUUUUUUUUUUUUUUUUUUUUGUAUUCUGUGUUCUAUUCUUUGUUAACACUCUCUGAGGGUUGGUUUUGCAGUAGAGUCUGGCUUUUUAACUCUGGAGGUUAAGGUUUAAAUCUGAUUUAUUGGACAAUUUAAACUACAAUAACCAGUCAAAGUAACAAUCUGGAAGAACUGAAAGGUUAACCAAACUGCAAACAGGCUUAUUUAGAGCUUUUUAUUCCAGACUUACGAACACCUUCCAUUUCUGUACAGUUAAUGCAGUUCAGCACAAAACAAACCACACAACUUAAAGUUAAAGUAAAGUAAAGUAAAGUUGGCAUCCACAUCUAUAAAAGUGUUCCCAGUUUUAGGCAUCAGUGGACAUAGACCUUAAUACAGAUCCUGAAAUCAGUGCUGAAAACUAAAAGAAAAUGCACUUUUAAAGUUAUUGGGAGCGGCCUCAUUUUAGUUUUCCUACCGAGAAACAGAGGCACACUUUAAAACAAGGAUGCUGAUGAAAUUCAUCCCCUGCUACCCUCUAAAUUCAAAGAUAGUCUUCAGUUACAUGACAAUGUUGACCACUACUGUACAAGCAGGUUUCACUUACAGAAAGACAAACAUGGUGCCCCUAGAUCCUGAUACUUAGCAGUAGUUAUGAUGCAGAGUUCAUCCCCAAGUGCCCUUUCUAGUUAAACCCUAACGUUAAAUACAGCAUUAAACUGCUUGAAUGGCUGCGCUUCAGGAACCGAACAUACCCAACCUGUAGAAUUGUUUGGAAUGUCUUUCUCACUAUAAUAUUUAUUUAUAUUUUGAAACUUAAAAAAAAAAUAAUAAUUAUGAAUACUGGAUAUUUUUAAUAGAGAGCCCCUAUUUUCCAUUUCUAUUUAUUGAUACAAUUCUGUCUUUUUCUUAAUAGAAUAAAACAUAGAAAACUUCAAUCACUGUUGUUUGUUCAUUUCCUGUAAAGCACACAGUAAAUAAUCCAAAUUGAAUACAAACAACCCUCUUUAUUUAUUUUUUAAUAAAGCCUAAGGGGCUAAGAAUAGUAGGUUUCACUUUGAUAGAUGAAAUGGUAGCCAAUGAGAUGGAGAUAGAGAUGUGAUGCCUUAAAUUGGACUAACUAAACAAUAAUUAAUAACAAGCUUUCAAGAAGUCAAUGCAUUCUCUGCUAUUCCUGCGGCUUUCUACUUGAAUUCAUUAGCUUCACGACUAGAAAUGUAACUACAGAAUAACUGCAAAAUAUUUCUUAGUCAGAUUUUACGCCAUGAAAUCCUGUGAAACUCAUAUGAAUUUGUGGCCAUUAUUUUUAAUGUGCUACCGGAUAGUGGUUAAUGUUUCAGUUUUUAUGUGAAAAGUAAUUUAAAAUCAGUAACUAUUGCCAGAGAUCUCAUUACCCUAGCCUUUGGCUUGUAAUCUAUUCCUGGUACGUGAUACAGUACAUGGAAAAAGCUAGUCUAUGCAUGUAAACGAAUAGUUGUGCUUUACAAAUUCUUACAGUACAGGUCAUGAUUUACUGUGUCAUCAAACAGUAGCGUUAGAAAGUAUGCUUUAUCCUAUGUAUACCACACCUCUGCAAAAUAACAAUGGGAACUUACGCAUUUGAUCUUGAGCUGUACAAAGUUAAUGUGGGUGUUAUAAUUGAGGGAUAUGUCUGAUCUUAAGCCAUAUGGGAGAUCGUCACAGUGUGACGUGGUGUCAAAAAUACUACGUAACUCCAGAGAUGCAUAAACCAAACCAAAAGGCUGGGGAAUUCUCUUUACAAUACAAAAAGAUUGUAACUCUGUUGACCAUUGGAAUGUUAUUCAUCUUCAUUCCAGUUGUACAAUAGUCAGGAAUAGACAGGGCUGUUGAAAUGUGGCACAGGUGAUGGGUGACUGCUGUACAGGAGUAUGCAUUUGGACAGAACUGUCAUUGAAAGGGUUAAUAAUAGAACUUGUAUGACUAGAAAUUUACUACCUGGUCAUUUCAUAAUUCAGUAUGAAUCAACAAUUAAUUUUUAAAAUGCUCAAUGUGAAAAUGGCAUAGAAGAAGAAUUGUAACAAAGCGUAGAUCAGAAGAUAAUGCACUUUGGAAUUAGAGGCAGAACAUCCGUUAAGACUAUUUAAGCCAUCCGUGUUUCCACUUUUUUUUUUUAAAACAGAAACAUAUUUGGAUGUAGCUAAAGGGAUGUGAUUGUGGAAGUUAACAGGUUAAUUCUCUGGUCAAGUGACACAUGAAACAACAAGUUUCUUUAAGCCACACACUGGCAAGUCUUUCAGGACUCGAGAUGGUAUGGUAUGUAAUUGUACUGAUGCCUUUGAUUGUGACAUAGAAUAAGCACAAGACACCCUCCAGCAGGGUAUCCAGUAGUGUAUGUUGUACAAGGAAACACUUUAGGCUGUCACAUUGGAAUGAGUCAGAUAAAUAGCAUGUGACUGUUACACUGCCAUGGCAGAGAAUACCAUCACUCUGUCAAUCUUAUUUAAAGUGUAAGCAAAUAGUAUCGUUUUCUUAUUUUUUCAGGUUUCUCUUACCUUUAUGUUUACAGUCAUUCUAAGUUUGGUUGUUUCAAUAUUAAAUUGUAUAAUUUAUUUUUUCUCAAUCCACCUGGCAAUAUCUGUGCACUUAGAAUUCUAGAAUGUGUGUACUUAUUGAUUCCAAAGAUACACUGUGAUGUAAUACCAGUCUUACUGGUCACCAGAACAAAUAUCUAACCCAGUCGUUCUGAACUGGAAGUAAUUGGGUAACAUUUGAAGUGCCACUGUACUUGUGGGAUCUACUGUCUAUUAAAAUCUUUGGCUAUUUUUGAACUAAACUAAACUAAGAAAUGACAUUCUUAGAUGUAUUAUUUUAUGCGAUUUACAAUACCUGAGUACUCAAAAUAAAAGCAUUAUUGAAGUA